AUGGUCGCCGAGGGCACCAUCGCAAUCUCACCUCCCACGACAACCGAAGACGAGGCCCACGAUCUCUACUAUCGCUCCCCUCGCCCUCAUGAAAGCAAGGGCCGGUCAACGGCCGACAGUCAGGAGGAUACUGCUCUCCUUGACCUAGCAGAGGUCGCGGUGAGCUGGUUACCCCCGCCCCCCCCGCCCCCCCCAGAAGCACGACGCCGCCGCCGGCAGCGAGCGAGUAUUCCGCCACCUUCCCCUUCGUCUCCGUGUCCCAGUGAUUGCAACGUCGAGGGCAGCACUGGAACACCACCAUCACCACCACCACCCUGCCCUCGAAACGGUGGACCAGUCGUCGGCAAGAAGGACGGCUAUGGGGAAGAUUCCAACGAAUACUCCUGGGCGUCGAGAGACAGCAGUCGCUGGGCCGAUUGCCGUUGCCAAGGCGUUGCGCGCGUUGAUGGGACGCCACCAAAAGACGGGUGCCGCGGUGAGAUGCGACCGACUGGCGGCGCAACGGUGGCGACUGAGACCACCAACCCGGCUGAAGAGCACAAAGACACGGACGGGCGAAGAGGGGGGGAGAAGUCUUCGGGGGAACUGCAGGGUAACCGGAAUCUCGAGGAACGUGGUGGUUGGGCCGGUAGCGACGAGGGGUCGGCGGCCAGGCGCCGAGCGGAUGAAGUUCUAGCGAGGAUCUCUGCCCUCGAAAUCUACUUCGACCGGGUCGAAGAUCAAGUCGUGCGAACGCCGCCUGCGCCUGCUACGGCUGGAGCCCAAGCACCCGGACACGUGACACUCAGCAAGGGAAGGAGUUUUGAUGCUGCGGAGUCCAACAGUUGUUCGAACCCGACACUCGGCGUGGGCAAGAGGGGUGAGGUCGAGAGGGAAUGGGUCGGGAGUCGAGAGCCCUUACCUUUUGAAAAAAGAAAGUGCCUACGCACACAGUGGAUCAUGGCGUGCCAGCUUCACUUCCGAAAUACUUCGUUCGACUAUUCUGUAGUGUUCUCUCGCUCCCAUCCAAGGGCCUCAAACAAAACGUCGAGGAUACCUGUGAAACGGCGUUCGGCCUCGAAAGGGACUGUAGUGUCCCAAACCAUACGACAGAUCAAGGCUUCAAGUCAGCACGUACUCCCGCCCGCCCGUCCUCGCCAAUGCCCCAACACCAUCCACUUUGUCGCAACAGGAGGACACGCAGAAAUCUUGCUGGCAGACGUUGAAACCACACAAACCGAGGGUCACACCGGCUAUGAUUCUUCCAAGGAUCUUGCUCGUGGAGAUCGGCCAUCCUCCCCUCCUCCGCUGCCAAGGGAUACGCAAACCCGAACCCACAAAGUAGACGAUGGCGAAGAAGAAGUGCUAUCAAGCGAAGAACAUUCCGUCGCUAACUCUGGCCUGCGGACUCCGGCACCACGGCGACCAAAUGACGCUGCUGCUGUUCCGCCGGCAAUGCUCGAGUUGAGCCUUUUAGAAGCGGGACGCGGGACACUUUCCCGGGGCUUCGAAGGAUGCGACGUCGGAAACGGCGCCAGCGUUAGCAGAGGCGGAAAUGGCGACAGCAGUAGUGGCGGGGCUAAAGAGCAACACAAGAAGUUUUACUUCGACGUGGGCAGGACGAUGAUGCUCGACACCUACCAAAGAACAGCUGGUAGGUACGGUGUGCCCGAGCGUCAUCCCCAAGGGGGUCCCCAAGGGGGUCCCCAAGGGGGUCCCCAAGGGGGGUGCUAG